UGAACGUCAAAUCGCCGUUGUCAGAAAAGUCAGAAUCACAAAAAAAGAGGUCGAGCUCCGGAGCGCCCAAAUAUCGCACCGUUCCGAGUUUAUUGGCACCAAAUUGCGAUAGUUUCACACGCGACACCGAACGUUUUUCGGUCGUGCAUUCUUUCUUGUUAUUUACUAUGACCCGACUAAUUGCCGAGGCGAAAGCCCCUGGCCGAGCUAGCAUCGAGCUGGGCGACGUGACGCAUCACAACCUGAAGCAGCUGAAAAAGAUCAACACCGUGGUCCUGCCGGUAUCCUACAACGACAAGUUCUACCUCGACGUACUGGAGUCGGGAGAACUAGCGAAACUUGCCUACUACAAUGAUGUGGUCGUUGGAGCGGUUUGCUCGCGGAUCGAUAGCUCCGAGAAUAUGCGCCGGCUGUACAUUAUGACCCUCGGAUGCCUCUAUCCUUACCGGCGGCUCGGCAUCGGCACCGUCAUGGUACAGCACAUCCUCAACUGUGUCGAGCGCGACGGUAACUUCGACAGCAUCUUUCUGCACGUGAAAGUCGACAACAAGGGGGCGAUCGAGUUCUACAAGCGCUUCGGGUUCGAGAUCGUGGAAACCAAGCAGCACUACUACAAACGUAUCGAACCGGCCGACGCGCACGUGCUGCAGAAGACGCUGACGAAGAAGGCGGCUGCGGCGACCGCGGCGGCCGCCAGUCACUCAGCAUCGCCAGCAAAUCAGCACGCGGAACAGCACGACCAGGUGGCGGGCAAUGGAGAGGCGGAAGAAGCGGCCCGGGGGGCUGACCGGGCCGAGGCUGCAGCAAACGCCAAUGUGCACAACAAUCACUCGAGCAUCCAGAACUCGACCUCGCAACAAACACCGCCCGCACCGGAGAAAAAUCGAUAAGUCCACGACCAGCAGACCGCGUCCCAAGAAGCACGUCCUCGUACCCACGGGAAAGGACACCAGUGAGCACCGAAAACCGGACAUUAUCGUACCCCUUGUGUGUGGUGCAGCAAUUAGACGUAACGAUUGUAUGUUGGGCGGUGAAGUGUUGCUGCCGGCGGGCACACCAAAAACGGUCCUACUUCCGUUCGCCACUCGUUGUCGCCCGUGUGUUGCUGUGUUUAGCGGAAUCAUUAUGUUUGUUAAAUUAUUUUCACCAUGUUCUGCUUCCAACAACAAGCAGUUUGUCGAUGGCCCGAAGUGGACGGUUUUAAAAAUAAGCAUCCUAACUUCGCGCUGAAUAAGCACGUGAUCCGUUCGGUUUUGAAGCAAGUCAUGAUGCCGGCUGCCUCCGUUUCGUCGAUUCACACAACGCUGCCAAUAGAUCAACUACCCCGCACGGACAGUGGAGCUUGCUUCUGGGUCUCUUCAUUAGUGUCAACACUUCUUUGUCGUUCGUUUUCGUUGUUUUUGAUGUGGUGCAAGUUUGUAAAUGGGAAGUCGCGACAAGCCAUGGAGAGUAAUUACCAUAAAGCGAAUAAACACACAUAUAUCUUAGGACGAAUAAAGUAAA